AUGAAUUAUCUAUCCACCAGAUUUGUGAAGGCAUCUUCUAUUGCUGACACAGCUUUCGAUGGCAUUGUCCUAGUCACAAGUUGCGCUAAGCAGCUUUUGAACUACGAACAUACCCAGGGAUUAGCUGGAGUUGUACAUAACUUUGCUGAGGUUCACCAAAAUUUUAUUAACACCACGUCGCUUGUGCUUGUCGAUAAAAAUAUUGUUCCAUCAGGGAGAAUCAUCCUUUCCGGAACAGGAAAUGUCUCCAGAGAUUAUGAUGACGUUCGUCGUUUCCAGAACGCCGGCAAAGACGGAAUGAAACUGGCUCUCUCAGUCGGUAUGCGGUCCCCUCUCCUAAUCACAGUACCUUCUCAACGUUUUCCACAAGCUGAAUUAGUAACAGCAUUAGGUGCUUUGCUUCCUGCUUACACUCCACUGAAUGUUCGUGAAGAGACCUACACACAGAAGCUCGACUCAUUAGGUUUCCUUAGUCAUUCUAACACAUCUAGUCUUGUUGAUAUCAUAUCUGCCUAUGAGGCAGCAAUGACUGUUUGCAGAGAUAUCGGAGAACAAGGACCUGAACGUAUGGCUCCCCCGAGAGUAGCAGACUAUGUUAAGGAAGCAUUCUCUGGAGGAUCCGUGAAAGUUGAAAUUGAAGAUGAUCAAGAUGUUAUUCUCCGAGAGUAUCCUUUGAUGCAUGCUGUGAAUAGAUGCGCUAACACUGUACCUGAACAUAGGGCCAGACUCAUUCGCUUAGAGUAUAAUGGAGAGGGAGAAACCCAAGAUACUUUCUUCUUGGUCGGUAAGGGAGUUACUUUGGAUACCGGAGGAUGUGAUCUCAAGACUGGUGGACAUAUGUUUGGUAUGUGUCGCGAUAAGUAUGGAAGUGCUGUUCUCGCUGGAUUCUUCAAAGCUCUGGAAAUUUUGAAGCCCAAGAACAUCAAAGUCGUUGGCUACAUGUGUAUGGUUAGAAACAGUAUUGGAGCCCGCGCAUACACCUGUGAUGAAGUUAUCAAGGCUCGCAGUGGAAAACGCAUUCAUAUUUAUAACACUGACGCUGAAGGACGUAUUACCAUGUUAGACCCCCUAACCAAAGCUAGAGAAGAAGCUCUAUCAGCUGUAAAUCCCCAUCUGAUGACUUUGGCUACAUUAACUGGUCAUGAAAUCGUAUCCUAUGGAUACUAUGCCACAAUCAUGGAUAAUGGUCCAGCCAAAAACAGUGGAUGGUCUAAGAAAGUCCAAGAAACCGGUGAUGUUUAUGGUCAACCAAUCGAAAUUAGCAGACUUCACCCUGAGGAUUUCGCCUUCCAUCUCUCAGAAGGACCACAAGCUGAUUUAAGACAAGGAAAUACAAAGCCAAGUGUUCAAACUUUAAGAGGACAUCAAACGCCAGGAGCUUUCCUUAUCUUGGCUUCUCGUAUUGAUGAGCAUGGAACUGAUAGCUCUCAUCCUCUCAAGUUUUCUCAUAUCGAUAUGGGAGGAUGUGCUGGAGAUCACCCUGAGACCAGUAUGCCCAACCCUCUUAUCACCCUCAUCUCCAGUCUGGUUCUUCCUCGACAAUAA